GCGGAAUAUUGGAAAACAUUUCAUCAUUUGAAUCAGAAUACAGAGUGACAUCGUUGAGUUUUUUGAGAAUGAACAGAAAAAGACAUGGAUGACGACGAGCUCGAUGAUAAUCAACCAGAAGAAAGCAAAUACGUUGUAAUAAAAUGUGGACUUCAAACAAUCCUGCGACAACAACAUGAACGGAUUGAAAGAGUUGGAGAAGCUGUGACCAAAAUGCUAUUCGAGCGCAGUGUUCAAAUGACAGAAGUGGCAGCAUUGGCAUCACUUUUUAUUCUUUUUAUUUUGAAUGAAGCACUUGAUAAUGACGAUCGUGCAUUUUUUUUGCAACCACAUCCAAGCCUGUUCAUUGCCGAUUGUUUCAGAGCGGUAUUAAACCAACACGUUAACAAUAUUAAUAGUCAAUAUUGGAUAUUGCCCGAGUUUCGUUUCAUGGUAGAAAGAAACAGUGAAGAACAGUUCCGAUGGCCAGGUGAUGAAAAGUUGGGAAAUGGUUUGAGAUAUUUUUAUAAACAAUAUAUCACAAACAUUCAAACCAAUACCAACACAUGGUGUGAAAAACGACUUGAGAAUUUUUUUCGAAUGCGUUGUUGGUUUCGCAAUCGAUUCAACAAUGGCUCAAGAUUUGAUGGCAUCGACAUCAGAAAUGCCAAAGAGUUUUCAUAUCGAUUUAAGAAUUUAACAAAUGGUGAUAAUGGUAAUAAUGUGGAUCCACAACGCGUUGAAAAAUUCAAUAUUUUAAUGAGAGAUUUGACUGAAAUUGGAUGGUCGGGAACAGUGAGUAUGAAAUUUUUCGCAAAAUAUCGUUGGUUUGAAUCACUGUGAUUGUUCGGUCAAAUGCAACGGCAAAUAGAAGUGUAUCACAGUCAUGCCGAACAAUGGAAUACCAUUCAUGAAAUGUUUCGUAACAAUCCGAACUUUCAAGAGCCAACAAUCAAUCGACCACCAAAAAAAGCAGUUUUGCUCUUAUACCAUUAUGCGACUACCAUUUGAAAAACGUGCGAUUGGACAUUACGGACUUGUAUAAUAAAAUUGUAAACAAGCUUGAUUUGGUGCCUUCUUUUCUCAAUACGCGGACCAACCGGAUGAAUAAGAGAAAAGUAGAGUACU